GAGUCCACAAAUAUCAAGCUCAAGAGACGUGUGUUUUUUUACACGAAGAGUACUUGGAAAAGUCCAUUAACCCUUGAAUCUUAAUCCCUGUUUGGUCUCUCCCUGUUUACAUUACGCAGCAUCAGAAGAAUUUUACAGGCAAAACAUCGAUCACCAGAAAAGAAACUAUUGAUUAUUGGAGCGAAAGAGAAAAGGACAAAUCAAAUUCCAUACCCAAUUCAACCUCGGCAACGUCCCAAUUUAGAUGGAAACAUCGUUGGGGAGUUAGGGUUUUGGGUUUCAAAUUGAAGAUUGUGUGUUAUUUAUCAUCCGGAUUUUGCUGGAGUAUUCCGGGAUUUUGAUGAGAAUUUUUGUUUUAGGGCUGUGAGGAAUUUUGGUGGUGAAAAUGUUGCCCAAUCAAAACCAUUCUCGAAUCAACACUUUAGAGCUUAAAGCUCUGAUUUUCAGAAAGAUUGGGCAGGAGAGGGCUAACAAAUACUUCGAUCAUCUUAGAAGGUUUUUCAGUUUCAAGAUUACCAAAUGUCAAUUUGAUAAGUUCUGCAUGCGGACUAUUGGGAGAGAAAAUAUCCCUCUUCACAACCAGCUUAUAAAAGCGAUUCUCAAGAAUGCUUGCCUAGCCAAAGUUCCACCAUUGAAAAGUAAUAGGAAGGUGGGAAGUACCCUUAAUGUUAAAGUUUCAAAUGGGUUUCAGGGAAAUAAUCUCCAAUCACUUUAUGGGGAUGCCUUUCCUCCUUCCCCUCGCAAGGUCAGGUCUCCGGGUAGUAGGGAUCGCAAGUUUAGGGACCGCCCAAGUCCUCUGGGGCCACACGGGAAACCUGAAAGUGUUGUGUGUGAUGAUUUGGUUUCUAAGGAAGAAGAGCAGCAAAGUGCAACAGAGUUGGUUUCUCUUGAUAGCAGACCUCCGGUUGAAGUUGCAUCUGUUGAAGAUGGCGAAGAGGUUGAGCAAAUGGCAGGAAGCCCAGGUGUUCAAAGUAGAAGCCCUGUAACAGCUCCACUUGGUAUAUGCAUGAAUUUGGCUGGAGCUCGUAAAUCUCUUUCUAAUGUAUCUGUAUCUAGUAAUUAUCAUCCAGAGACCUGUCAGAACAGUGGUGAGCUACCUGAUACAAGAUCAUUAAGAAGUCGUCUGGAGAGGAAGUUGGAGGAGGGCAUGGGUGUCUCAGUGGACUGUGUUAACCUGUUGAAUAACGCAUUGGAUGUGUAUUUGAAGAGAUUGAUUGAGCCCUGUAUGGGUUUAGCUGGGUCAAGGUGUGGAAAUAAUCACUUUAAACAACUAAACUAUCAAUUCCAACCUGGUAUCGGUGGGAUGUUACCUUGUAGAUACGCGCAAAGAGAAGCAAGAUCUACUAACAUUUCCAUGUUCGAUUUUCGUGUCGCUAUGGAAUUGCAUCCCCAAAUACUUGGACCAGAUUGGGCAAUACAGCUUGAGAAGGUUUGUUUGCGUGAUUCUGAAGAAUGAACAAAGCCUUCUUAUCUUAGCACAUGGAUUAGAAAUUCAGCAGUGGAUGAGAUCAUGGACAUGAGUUCAUGUCCAUAUUCUUUUGAAGAUUCAGUAUUUUGAAUUGAUUAUAGUCUUAUAUGAUUUUGGUCUUCGCCUUUUAAGGAAUUUUACAAGCACUUCCAGGGAAUAAGUUCUGGAUUUUAUGGGUAGUUUUGAAUCAAGUUGGUUAGGUUACAUUUAGAUAUAGGCAUUAAUGAUUGUAGGGGAGGGGGGAGUUGUUCAUACAGUAAUUGUUAACUUCUAGACACAAUUAAGAGUUCUCACUUUUUGAAGUGUAACACCAUUUUUCAAUGAUAUCUCUUUUGUUUUU